UUGAAACAAAGGAGUAUCAAUUUGUAACUUGCAAAAAGAGAGGCUAAUGCUUAAGGGUCACAAUCACAGAGUAUCAAUAUACGUCAACUACCUUUUUGUGGCGACAUUUGAAGGAGUAGAACCUUAAUGAGUUCAAAAGUAGUGUUGGUGCCAAUGAUGUUUGAAGGACUACAGUAGUAGAGUUCUUGGAAGUUUCCUUAGCCUUUUUCUUCCCUAUUUAUAGUGCCUUAAUUAAAUCCUCCUCAAUCAAUCACAAUCAUAUCUUUCUAUCUGAUUUUGUAAGUAUCAUGAUGAUGAUGUGAUACGAACAAAGUGAUUUCCUAUUUCAUACUAAAUUGAUGUGAUCACAAAAAAGAAAGUGCUUUCCUAUUUCAUACUAAAUCCAAGAAAACCAGUGUACGUGACAGUGCUGAUCAAAAACCAGAUAAGUACGAGUACGUAUAGCUAGGAUGGAGGAUAUUCAUGAAGAAAAUGGAUCAGCUCAGGGGAGUUCGCCGCUGUUAAUGAAUGGUCAAUUGGGUACUGAUUCUAGUUUGAUGAAGAGGUCGGUGCUCUUUCUCCGAUCUGCUUACAAGUUCAUUGAAGCUGGAGCAAGACAAGCAUCUCUUUCUCGAGUGUCCUCUUCGUCGUCGUCAUCCUCCACCUCAAGAUUUUAUACUCCUCUUACCAGCUUUAAUCUCAAACAUGGAGGUUCAGAAGCUGUGGAAGAUCAAAUCCAGCUUGGUGAAAUUUUGGUAGCUUCACCAGAUGGUGACCAGCGAGUUUGUAAUAUGCAAUCAAGCAAUGAUCACAUCGAGGUUGAUGUUCAGCCUCAUGAUCAGAGUCAUCAACAAAGGGAGAAGAACUUGGAUUCACUUCACAACUUUGGAGGAGGAGACAGUGGGAGUAGUGACAAAGGAAUUCAUGUAGGAGACAUUUCUGGCCAACGCAAGGCCGCAGGCUUGUGUCAUCACAUGCAGAUCUUCAUAGGGUAUGGCUACUUCAUCCGACAAUUGGUAUGCAAGGAACCAACUAUAUUGCUCCUAGCAAUUGCUGCAGUAUUGUCUUUUGUCUUUGGAAUCAAAGAAGAAGGUGCGCAGAAUGGUUGGUUUGAAGGAGCAAUUUUGGUUGUGAUCAUACUUGUGACUGUUUCGUUUAAGUUAGUGCGAAAUUGGUACGAAAGACACCUUUGGAAGAAGCAAAAAGAUCACAAAGCAAGGAAGAAAUCAAUGGACUCCAGUUUUUGUGCCUACUUUGACAAGUUGAACAAAUUCAUACAUAUUAAUGGGCUGUUGAUUGGUAUUUUGAUCACUGUGGUGGUGUACAUUCGCUUUAAAUUGGGCCAUAAAGAUGAUGAGAACGGAUAUAGAUUGGAAAUCAAGGAAGAACCGUCUGAAAUUGCAAGGAUGAUGAAUGCCAUGAAUAAGGUUUUGACAGAAUCAAAGGGAACAGUAAGAGUUUGGAUAACUUCAUUUGGUGUCACACUAGUGGGGAUGACUGAAGGAAUACCAUUUGUUAUUUCAAUUGCAAUGACAUAUUGGUCUCCAAAUUUUGAUGUCAAGAUGGAAUCAGUCAGCAUCAUCUUUGCCGAAAAGGUUAGCUGGUUGAAAGAGCAAAAAUUGGAAGUAACCCAGUUUUUUCUUGACAAAAAAUAUGUUACCAAGAUACCGCCACAAGUCUGCAGUGUUCUAUCUGAUGGAAUUGGAACUCGUGUGUCCACUCUGACUCCUCAGACAGCGUACCACAGAAUAGAUGAAGCAAUACUCUGUUGGGCAGAGAAGAACAUGGGUAUGCAGAGAGAAACUUUGGAUCAGCAUUCCACCAUUGUGAUAGACAAUGUUAAUGAGAAGAAUCCUUUUGAGGCAAUUCAUCCAAGUGGAGUCGUCAUAGAGAAAAAUGGAGACAAUGGGAAAGAGUUCUAUUUACAUUUCAAGGGCCCUCCUGAUUCAAUAUUGUCAAUGUGUUCCAGUUACUAUGACUUGAAUGGUGAGCUGCGGGAUUUGGAUGACAAAACAAAGAGUGACUUUGCUCAAGCUAACAACAACGUGAACGUAGUUGCAUUUGCCUUCAAACGUACUCAGGUUGUUGAACUUGAUGAAAAUCGCCUAACAUUCAUAGGUAUGUUUGUCUUCAAAGACACUUUCAAUCCAGACAAAAUGAGGCAAACAAUUGCGAUUACGAAAGAAGGCGGAGUGAAGAUCAUAUUUGCCUCGGAAGAAGAUGUUGAAGUACUUCGUACCAUUGGUGAUGACACAGGAUUGCUCAACUCACAUGAUGCUCUAGUGGUUACGGGCGAAGAUCUCCACAACUUCAUUGUAGAUGACAGGAAGGAAGAAGUUGAGAAAAUUUGCAUUAUGGGAAAUUCCUCUCCGGCACACAAGCUUCUUUUAAUAGAGCACUUGAAGAAAAGGGGUGAAGUGGUGACUGUGGUAGGAGAACAAGCAUCUGAAAGUAAUGUGGUUCUUGAAGCAGCUCACUUUGGCCUGCCUGUGGUGACUAACUGGCCUGAAACUUUAACGUAUGUGAUUAACAGCAUCAAGGGAGGAAGAAUUAUUUGUGAGAAUCUGAGUCAAUUCAUCCAAGUUGAGGUAAUCUUGGCAAUCACUAGCCUAUCAAUAAACUUCAUACUUGUUGCAUUAGACGGGGAUGCCCCAUUAACAACCAUUCAAUUGGUAUGGGUUAACCUUCUUGUUACAUUUAUUGGAGGGCCAGCUUUGCUAAUGACUCAACAGUCCACAAGAAAACUAAGGGAUGAGCUAUCUAUCAGACCAAGAAAACCGCCAAUUACCAAGGCCAUGUGGAGAAACAUAUUUUUUCAAGCUUCUUAUCAGAUUGGCAUUUUUGUAUUCCUUCAACACAGAGGAAGUGCAAUACUGGGCAUCACUCCGAAAGUUAACAGAUCUACAGUCUUUAACGGCUUCGCUUUGUGCCAGCUUUUUAACAUAUUCAGCGCAAGGGGUUUGGAGGAGGAGAACUUUUUCAAAGGUCUUGGUCGAAAUUACUGGUUUUGGGCACUGUCUGGGCUCUAUCUCGUGUUGCAGUUCGGAUUCGUUGAAGUAGAACCUAUCUUUGUCUUUACCAACACGGCACGACUGAAUUGGAAGCAAUGGGCUGAAUCCAUUUUAAUUGGAGCUGGUACAUGGGUGCUUGAUGCGACAGUAAAAUGGGCAUCACAAUACAUAAAGAUAGACAAACGUGAUUGUGGAUCAGUUCUUAGAAGAUGGUUACAGAAUUGGUUUACCAAAAUCAACUGCUGUUACAGUGGACCAACAAGUACACCAAAUUCAACUCUUGCUUCCUUGGAUUCUCCAAGAUUCACUUGUGGAAAGGGAUGGAUAACAAGCAUCACACGUCGCGUGAAACCAACCAAGCAUAGAGCUAAUACUUUGGUGGAUUAAUCAUGUUGCAAUAGCUGCAAUUUGUAGUCAGUUGGGGCUAGUUACACUUGGAGCAACGGUAAAAUUGUCUCCAGGUUUGAGCUGUGAAAUCAGCCUCUCUGAUGCUUGCAUUAGGUAGGCUGCCUACAUACACCUUUUAGGGGUGGUGUACAUCAGUACUGAGCUGCCCUUAAUUUAUGUUAUUUCUUUCAUUUAAU